AUGCGUGCUUACGCGUAUGCGUGCUUACGCGUAUGCGUGCGUAUGUGCGUGUACGUAUGCGAGAGUGUGAAGUUGCUAGUUACCUCUCUCACCAGCCACCUUCAGGCUGCUGGCCCUCCCAAAGCUGCGGCUGAACUGCAGAACGCUCAAUUGACUCUUUGCCAAUUCGCGUCGUGUGUUUUGCGACUUAUCUCUAAUUGCAUACUAACGGCAGCUGGUGACUUGGAAGGCCUCUGCAAACUUGAAGUCAGCAGAGGCGCUGGGGAGAGCGGGGUGUUCCUGAAGAGGCAGGAGGCCUUCAAGGACACCAUGCUUGCACUUCAGGCGCUCUUGCUGUUGGUUGCCACCGCCGAUGUUCUAGCUUUUGUAAAUCUUACCGUGGAGGUUGCCAGCCCUAUUCCGGAAAAUGCCUCGGAACACACACAAGUCGCUAAAAUCACUGUGUCUGUCUCAUCUCGUGGUUCGCUGCUUGGAGAUCCAGUUAUUAAUGCAAAUCCUGCAGUCCAUCCAUUUGUGCUGUCUCGUAGAUCCACGCACCAGUGGGGUUUAUUCACCACUGGAGUCCCCAAGCUAGACUUUGAGAUGGUGUCGUUGUAUUCCCUGAUGAUCCAUGCCCGAGACACGCACGGGGCCACAGCAUCACAGACCAUUUCAAUCCAGAUUGCAGAUGUGAAUGAGCCACCUGCUUUCACUGGAUCGCUUGCCCGGGAAGACCAAGUUACUGAGAUUUAUAUCCUUGAAGACACUGCCCCGGGCACGGUCAUUUACAGAGCAGCCGCCAAGGACCCAGAGGAUGGUGUUUUGGAGUACUUCAUUUCCCCGGAGGGCUUUGGCUUCGUGAUUGACAGCACUGGAACUGUUUCCACGGCCGCAGCUUUUGAUUUUGAGAGUAAAGCCAGAAGCUUUUCACUGGUUAUUAAAGUGGUUGAUCUUGGAGGACUGUUCGCUGCUGGAAAUCUGAAGGUUUUCCUUGUUAAUGUCAACAACAAAGACCCCAUUCUGACAUGCAGUUUAUUCAGGACUGAAAAUGCUAUCUCAAGUAUUACUUCUGUCAACUCAACUCUGCACCAUCAAAUCAACUUUACACUGGAUGAAGAAAUUCCAAUUGGGAAAACAAUUGGAAGAUGCAAGGCAACUGAUGACGAUAAACUGGGAGACUUAACUUUUGAACUAGAUCCCUGGAAUGCUUACUUUAGAGUGGACAAGGAGCACGGGACUCUGGUUACAGCUGCCCGUCUAGACAUGGAGCAGACUGGGUUUGCAAGUGUGCAGUGGUUCUCUGUUAAGGCUUGUGACCGUGACCAGAGAUGUGCAGCAAUUACAGUGACUGCCUAUAUCCGCGGCAUUAACGACAACUCCCCUUUCUGUGAUCAGUAUCUGAUUAGGUACACAGGCAAGGAAGUGAUUGCGAAGGGCACAGUGGUGGCAAAGCUCAGGUGCCACGAUCUGGAUGAGCCUCCGGAUACGAUCCAUUACGCUUCUGUCUCAGGCCCGCUGGGCUCUGGACAAAUCUUCGAGCAAGUGCCAAAUGCUGACAAUUUCAUCCAGGUUUCCAGAGAUGUGGAUUAUGAGGACCCAGAGAUGAUUGCAGCUGGCCACAUCUAUGAGCUGAUGGUUUCAGUGUUUGAUGACUCACAUCCCUCUCAUACAGUCACUGUGACCAUCAUUGUGGUGAUUACUCCAACCAAUGAUUUCAGCCCUGUGUUUAAAGCUGCACACUACUCCUUCUCGGUGUCAGAAACAUCAGGAGCUUUCCACAAAGUUGGGAGAGUGAUGGCCUUUGAUGAAGACUACCCAUUCAACUGUGUGACCUACCAAAUAACCAGUGGAGACAUCCGGGGUAUGCAGAGAUUCUGGAUUCAGCCUCUGUCGGGGGUGAUUGAACUUACCACGCAGCCAGACUAUGAGACUGUGAAGCAGUAUAACCUCACUGUGGAGGCUGUGGAUUGUGACUGAGUUCAUCCUCGCACAGGGACCACCGUGGUCACUGUUGACAUCCAAGAUGAGAACGAUGAAGCACCUGUCUGCACACCCAAUCUGUAUAAGGCAGUUAUUUUUGACAAUGUGAUCGCCGGGACAAACGUCAAUGGCUUCAGUCUAAACUGCCAUGACAGAGAUUCACAAGAUUUUGAAAUGCGCUUUGAGAUAGUUUCUGGAAAUGAGAAUCAUCAUUUUGGAUUUGACCCAACUCGAGGCUCAAAUACACCAAGAUUAAUCGUAAAGAAUCCUUUUCGCUUUGAAUCUGGAGCUGAUCGGCGGCGUCAGUACCAUCUCGUGGUGCAUAUCCUUGAUGACAACCUGAAAUAUGGCAAAUCAGUCCAGCCCAGGACAGGGACUGCUGUUAUAGACAUUUAUGUGACAAGAGCCAGGACACUGCUUUCUCCAACCAGUUCUGAACACAGGAAAGGUCUGACCGUUGUGUACACAGCUAUCAACACAUACAAAUCCAGUGACUGGUACAUCCCUUUCACCUUCACUCUGAUGGCUCUGUUUUGUGCUGGGCUGGUUUCCUGGGUAUGUUUCCUACUUUGGAGAUGUGGCAAUGUAAAGGAAUGCUGCCAGAGCACGGCUAAGGAAGUCUCCAAGCCUCAUGCCAAAGAGAUGAACUAUAUUGCAGGAGAUGCAAGCCAAAAGGAAAAGACUGUUAAAAUAAGCAGAAAUAAAAAAUUGGAAGAAUUAACAGAAACUAUUGUAUUUGAGACUGUGUUUGAUGGAGAAGCCGUUGAUCCAGGUAUGUUGCUGGAAAACCUUUCGACUUACACCCACUCUGCCUUUUUGGAUACUAAACUGUGUGAAACACUUAGGAUGGUUUACCAAUUGAGAUUCUGUCCUGAAGCAAACCUUUUUAGGACCAGGCAGAUGUCUGGUAAUGUGUAUGAAUUUAACAGCAGAACAGGUGCAAGAAAGUGGAAGAAGCCACUGAGGCACCAGCAGGAGUCUGUGGCAAACAUCUACCUGCUUCCAGAUGCCUAA